UGUUUGUGAAUAAUACGUACUUUCCGGUAUACAUGUAUCAACUUCCGGGCUUUUAGUGUAGUUGUUAAGAAACAAUGGCGGCCAUCACAGAGGAAUGUGUUCCGGGUGCAGAAGAGGAGACAAGCGACAGUCUGGCGUCGGAGAAGAGAGAAGCGAGACUCCGGAAAUUUCGGGAGCUACAUUUCAAAAGGAAUGAGGCCAGGAAGCUUAACCACCAGGAGGUUGUGGAGGAGGACAAGAGGCUGAAGCUACCAGCCAACUGGGAGGCGAAGAAAGCACGGAUAGAAUGGGAGCUUGCAGAGGAUAAAAAGAAAAAGGAAUGUGCUGACAAGGGGGAGGACUACCACCGGGUGAAGCUGCUGGAGAUAGGUGCGGACGAUGCCGAGCGCUGGGAGAAGAAGAAGAAGAAGAAGAACCCUGACCCCGGUUUCUCAGGUUAUGCUGAGGCUCAGCUGCGGCAGUACCAGAGACUCACCAAGCAGAUCAAGCCCGACAUGGAGUCCUACGAGAGGCAGCGAGAGGAGUGCGGUAAGGACUUCCACCCCACAUCCAACACCCUGAUCCAUGGCACCCAUGUCCCUUCCUCAGAGGGCAUCGACCGCAUGGUGGAGGAUGUGGAAAAACAGAUCGAGAAGCGGGCCAAGUACAGCCGGCGCAGGGCGUACAACGACGACGCCGACAUCGACUACAUCAACGAGAGGAACGCCAAGUUCAACAAGAAGGCGGAGCGCUUCUACGGCAAAUACACCGCCGAGAUCAAGCAGAACCUGGAGAGAGGAACCGCCGUCUAAGCGUCUCCCUGAUGGACCCCUUAACCAAUGCCCUCCGCCUUUCAUACGGAGGCUUUUUACCAUCCGAUUGUUUGUUGAUGUUACCAGUACAGUGUACAUAGAAUCAACAUGCGUGAUAUACAAUACAAAAUUCUGUUUAGAAUAUUGUUUGGCCAUUUGAUGUUUCUUACUUUACAGGCUUAUGUCGUCAUUUUUUGUGCAAUGGAAAUUAUCCUUCCAGCAUUGAUUUGAGGCUUGACCACACCUGAUAUUUUCUCAGUCUGCGUUUCAUUUUGAAAUAAACAUUUACAAAAAAGGAAUGGUCUCUGGACGGAACUUCAUGCUCUGCGAUAGCCUCAUGUGAUCUCAAACCAUAUCGAAAGGUGGUUAUCGUUUUAAGCAUGAAUUAAAUGUACACGCCUCGAGGCCAUGAGCAACCUUUUCCAGAACAUCCUCUUAAGUGUACCCAGAUAAAGCGCAACGGCUAGGCACUUGAAUGUGUACAUUAUGACUGCAUGGCAGCCAUCAUGCCCCAAGCUGGAACAUCAGCACCAGGGGCUUGUGACCCGAAAAUAUGCCUUGCCUUGCUUUCCCGUUCCUUAACCCUUGGUCCCUCAAAUACGGUGUCGUAGCACCCUCUACUGGUCAGAAGGAAUUGGGCAGUUUCAGACGAAUAUGGUUAGUGGUGGGGAUUAUGGGCUUUUGGAAGUAUUUUGUGGAAAAGGUUUCCAUUCAACAUGGCCUGAUAAAUAUAUCGUCGGGAAAAAUGAUUCUGAAUAUGUGUGUGCGUUCGUUAUACCUGGCAUAUGGUAUGCCGGGAUACAUGCUUUUUUCCCUCCUGAUAUAAUGGGGCAUGGCUUCACAGGCCUUACAUACUCUUUGAAGUAGGAGUCAACAGUUGUUAUAAAGAUACGUUUCAGGAAGAAUGCUUAAUAUUCAUAUAUUAUCUAAAUUAUCUGAGGAUGAUGGCUAUACUUCUGCCUCGGCAUUAAUAAAAUAUUGUCUCCUAACAGAACUUAUUUUUUUAUUUUAUGGAAAACCGUUGUUUCACAUGAGCAGCUAUAGGAGGCCUCUCCCUGUGUUCCUUUGCCUGUAGGCUAACGUAUUAACGUCUUUAGUCUUUUGAAGUUCAUCAUCUUUGCAGAUCUGUCAACUGUCACGCAUUGAGCGUGAGGCUCAAGGGCAAUAUGUACAGAUAUAUAUAAUGAAAUAAAGAUCUAAUCAAAUUGUUUACUACAAAUUCUGGUUCAACAUGUCU